AAAAAACAUUUAUAUUCUUGCUGUACAUAUACUCUUGAAACUUCAAUUACAUCUCAGUUUGCAGAAGCUCGCUGCAAGAGCGAGCUUUAAAAUUUUUUCUCUGUCAGAACAAUAGACGAAAGUGAAAUUAUUAAUUUUGUAAACAAAAAAGAAAAGGCAUGAAUUUGAAGUACUUUUUUAGUUUCGUGGUGACUGUUUCCUCGAUCUUAAGCAUUUGCUCAGCUCAAGACGAAGUAGAUAAUGGCUAUAUUUUUACAUCACCAAGAACUUUAAACAAAGGACAAAAUAACCAACUACAGCUUCUCCGAUUUGGUUGUCUCGAAGAAAGUAUUUUGCAAGUCCAAGUAUAUUAUUCUGACUAUUACUCGUCCAAUUCAAAAGAAACCCUGGCAAAAGAGCAAAUAUUUCAACUCCAACAAGGACAAAAGGAUUCUCUUUUUCAACUUUACCUAACUCCUCCUGAUAGCGGGAAUAAUGCCUAUAGCGGAAGAAUAAAAAUUAAUGGAACUAUGUGCGGAAAGACUAUAAGCGGAAGCGAUAAUGUAUAUUUUGCGGAUCCAAGUUCAUACAUUUAUAUCAUUCAAACGGAUAAACAUCUCUAUAAGCCAGGACAAAAAGUUAGAUUCCGAGUGCUUAAAUUGGACAAAAAUUUAAAGCCAACUAACAGUCCGUAUGAUUUAGGUGAUAUUUUUGUAGAAGAUCCACAAGGAACAAGACUAUUUCAAUAUAAAAGAGUUCAACUUGGACAUGGAAUAGUACAAAAGGAGUUUCCUCUUGCUGAUGAACCUGUUCAUGGAACUUGGAGAAUUACAGUAAAAAGUGAUCAAGACACGGAGUCAACAACUUUUGAUGUAAAAGAAUAUAAACUUCCAAAAUUUAGCGUUUCGAUCAAAUUUCCCUCGUUUGUUCUUGAAAAUGCUGAAUCGAUUCCAAUAUCUGUUUGCGCUGAAUACACUUACGGUGAACCCGUAAAAGGUAUAUUAAAUGUGAAUACAUCACUUGAGAUGUAUUCAUAUGAAUCGUCAUAUUCCAGAACGCCAAUCUUACAGGAUUCCGUUCAGCUUGAUGGCUGCUACAAUUAUACUGUGCAAGUAUCUUCAAUUGAUCCUGAUGGAAAUCACCGAUAUAAAAGAGUGAUGGUAAAAGCGAAUGUGGUAGAGCAAGGAACAGGUACUCAAAUAAAUGAUACUCAAUAUUUAAGCCGCAGUUAUUCACCUCUGAAGCUUGACUUCAACACCGGUGAGAAUCAGGGAGAAUUUUAUAAACCAGGUUUACCAUACAACGGAAAACUGAAAGUAACCAAUCCUGACGAUACUCCUGCUCCUGGAGAACCUAUUGAAAUUUGUGCUACUGUGACCAGAAAAAGAGUGAUUGACAACUGGUUAUCCACUAGAAAAACUAAAUAUUGCAGUAAUUAUACAUCAGAUGCGAACGGUAUAAUCAAAUUUACGAUCAUUCCUCAAAACGUGGAUUCGGUCUCAAUUGAUUUAGACGCUACAUCCUUAAAAUACACAAGAGACAACACUGAUUUGAGUCAGCCGACGGAUUUCGCAAGUUUGAGUCCUUUCUUUUCUCCAUCUGGGAGCUUCUUGCAGUUGGAAACAAUAAGUGAGCCACUCCCAUGUGGUUCUCAGAAAAACGUCAGAGUUUUGUUCACUUCCAAAGAAAAUUCCGAAUUCAAAUUGCACUAUCAGAUAUUAAAGCAAGGAAAGGUUGUUAGUAAUGGUGUCAAAGAUGUAACUUUCAAUAUUCAAAAUGAUGUCUCAAGCAAGUAUGAGAAAGAAAAUGAAAUCAUUGAUGGUUCAGAGACUCAACUAGUUCCAGUACCUGAACCUUCAUCAUCCGCGGACUCGUCAUCUAACGAAGAAUAUUGCCCAAGUGCCAGAGAAUCACGAUACAUUCCUCCAAUAGGGGAAGCAUACAUUCCAAUUAAUAUCGAUGCUGAUUUAUCCCCAUCUUUCACGCUGCUCGUUUUCUAUAUUCGAGAAGACCGGGAAACAGUUGCAGAUUCACAGAAAAUUCAAGUUGAAAAAUGCUUUAAGAAUAAAGUUACCUUCAUGUUCGCAAAUAUGGAAGGGCAACCAGGAACUCCAACUGCCUAUCAAAUUACUUCAUCGCCAAAUUCACUGUGUGGUGUUAAAGUAGUGGAUAAGAGUGUAAACCUUCUGGACUCAAAUGAUCAGUUGACGAAAGACAAAGUCUUCCAACUUCUUGAAGAUCUCAACACAAAUGAUUAUUACACUUCAUAUGAUUUAUGUGACUCAAUGAAAUCUCAACCAGGACUUUCAUCUGAGGUUACGCAAAUCAGUUCAUCUCCUGAUUCCUACCACGCUUCAUCAUAUGAAGAUUCUUAUGCAGCUUUCCAGGAAGCUGGGUUCUUAGUAAUCAGCAAUUUAAUAUUGUUUAGCCGACCAUGUAUAGGCAACGGAGGAGGAUCAUAUUAUGAUGAUGAAUACGUAACAGGAGAAUAUUUAACUGCAGAAUAUGAAAGUGCUGAAUAUUUCUCAGACGAGGCAGCAGGUGGACCUGCAGGCGCAGCAGCUCCGGCUUUCCAGCCUGUUGCUCAUGCUAAGAGAGUGGCUGUAACUAAUUCGGCUGUGAGUGUAAGAGAUUAUUUUCCAGAAACUUGGUUGUUCCAGUUGCAAAUGACGGGUCCUGAUGGUAUGUUUCAAAAAAAAGUAACCCUUCCGCACACUAUAACCGAAUGGAUUGGAAAUGCUGCAUGUGUAAGCGCACAAGAUGGUCUUGGUAUAUCUGAUAUGACUUCAAUUUAUGGUUUCCAGGCUUUCUUUAUAUCUUAUACCCUGCCAGUAACUGUCACUAGAGGAGAGGUGUUCACUGUUGUUGUCUCACUCUUCAGUUAUGUCGAUGCUGCUUUACCAAUAGCAAUUUCUGUGGAUCCAUCUGAUGGCUUUACAGUCGUAAGUGAUUUAUCUGAUACUGAGGUUUGCAUUCAACCAAGAACAAGUAACAGCCAGCAAAUCAAACUACAAGGAAUGAAACUUGGAGCACAGAACAUAACUGUGCGAGCGCAAACUGCCUCUUCCAGCCAAGUUUGCGGCGGCUCUCCUGUAUACAGUUCUUAUGCUAGAGAUGCCAUUACUCAAUCUGUUGAAAUCGAGGCUGAAGGAUUUCCUGCUGAAGAAGUAACAAGCGUACUUUUCUGUCCUCAAGAUGAAGAAAAUCAAGAGUUCUCACAAUCUUUCCCUCUGAGCACACCAGGUUAUGCUGUCCCUGAUUCAGCAAGGGCAAUUGUGGACAUAACAGGAAAUGUAAUGGGUCCUGCAAUGCAAAAUCUGAAUAACCUUGUCGCGCUUCCAACUGGAUGCGGUGAACAAAAUAUGGUUAAAUUCACUCCAAACUAUCUCGUAUUGAAUUAUCUUACUGAUAUUGGUGAACUGACGGAUAGCAUUAAAAGUACUGCUAUCAAAAAUCUAAACACAGGUUAUCAACGUGAAUUAACAUACCGUCACUACGAUGGAUCAUUCAGUGCCUUCGGUAACAAUGACAAAGAAGGCAGCAUGUUCUUGACAGCAUUCGUCCUGCGCUCUUUCUACCAAGCAAAGAAAUACAUUUUCAUCGAUGACAGUGUAAUAACUGAUGCACAGAAUUGGAUAACAUCCAGACAACAAGAAGACGGAUGCUUCCCCGACGUUGGACAAAUUAUCGACUCGGGAAUUCAAGGAGGAUUGCAAGACGAUAAGAACGAAGGAACCAUUACAGCUUAUGUUCUCGCUUCUCUUUUCCUUUCAAAAUACAACAAUUUAACUGUAAUUGGAAAUGGUUUGGGUUGUAUGAAUAAACACCCCGCUACAAAUCCAUAUGAAACAUUCCUCUACGCGUACGUCGGGGCACUUAGCGGCAACAAGGGCCCCACACAGAUGAUUAUUGAUAACAUCAAGCCUCAAGCAAAUAUAACUGAUGGUAUGGAAUAUUACCAAAAUCCUGGUGGCUCAAAAUCCCUGGAUAUCGAAACAACUGCGUAUGCUGUGCUGACGAACCUCAAAAUUGGAAAUAGUAAAUCCGAAGUUCUUCCUCUAGUUCGCUAUUUGACAUCGAAUCUCAAUCCUUCGGGCGGUUUCCAAAGUACACAGGAUACAUGUGUUGGAUUGAAUGCUUUAAGUAAAUUUGCAAAGUUUGUUUACAACGAUCCAGUUGAAAUUUCAGUGACAUUAACAGGAGGCUUGCAGGAAAACUUGGAAAUUUCUGAAUAUAACCAACUAGUUGUUCAACGAAAUGAAGUUACCCAAAUACCUAAUGUCCUCAACAUAGAUGCCAUAGGAACAGGUUGCGGUCUCCUUCAGACGUCACUUCGAUACAAUACUUUGACUCCUCCCGAACAGAAUCAGUUCAGUAUUCAAGUUACAGGUCAAAAUGUUUGCAUGAGUCCUGAGUGCAAAGGAAGAAAGAUAACAACUGUAGUAAGAUAUCUGCCAGAUGGAAGGAAAUCUGGAAUGAGUGUUGUGCAAAUUAAAAUGGUUACUGGAACAGUACCCGACAAAGAUAGCCUUGACCAGCUCGUCUCUGAUAAGAACAACAAUAUUUUGAGGGCUGAUGUUGAAAACAACAAAGUCAACAUUUAUUUAUCAGAAAUAUCAAACAAUCCUCAAGUUUUCUCAUUUGAUGCCGAAGCUGUAGUUGAAGUGGAAAAUCCUCAACCUGGAAUGGCAAAAGUGUUUGAUUACUAUGCACCUGAAUACUCGGCAUCUACUACAUAUGAAUUCCCUUAACUACCUGGUAAAUGAGCUGCAGCAAAUAUUAGGCAAGCAAUUGAAUGUCAAUGAGUUUUUUUUAAAAAAACCAAUUAAUUUUUCAAUGAACUAUAAAGAAAUUGUACAAAAUUUACUCAUAAUAUUAUCUAUUAUACGUAUAUUUUAAUUUUACAAUAUACUAUGAAAGUUUUAUGAAUUUGAUGCCUAAAAGUUUGUAACAUGAAAUCUAUAUUAUGUACAUGUGUUUUAUUAUAUAAAUGAAAUAGUAAACCUUCAAUUAUAAUAUA